AUGGCCAAUGCCGAUCCGAUUGCCUCAUUGGGGACAAGCCUGCCACGGUCGCCCGAGCUAAGCAAGCUCAGUGUCCGGUGUGCGCUCGCCAAGAAAGAAUGGGACGAAUUGAUCCGCACGGGCAGGAAAACAAUGACGACGCGUCGGGAGCUGAGCAUCAAGUGGAACGUCGAAUACUCGGUGCUGUGCCGGGCGCUGCGACGAGAGGACCACCGGCGCAUCAGGUCGCGUCCGGCCGAUCAUCAUUCUGCCGGCACCGACACCUCUUGGUUACCCAUGCCGCCGUCGUCCUCUCCAGGACCCGAGGUGUUGUCAUAUCUAUCCGGCGUAUCAGAGGUAAUACACCAGACAUCAGUCCUGAGGGCCCUACCACAGUCGGCGGCCACGCCCGUGGCGAGGCUUUGCGAGCUGCUCAACGCGCGCGCGCCCACGCCGAUACCGCCCAACUCGGCCAUGCGGCGGGUCAGGGAGCGGCACCUCGAGAGCGAAAAGGGCGAUUGGACGGCCGUGUCGGGCGACAAGGCGUCGCUGCUCAGCGCUAGCGAGGAGGAGGCCAUCCGCAGUUGGUUCCGGUUCCGGCUCGACGUCGCCGACCUCGUCACCAUAUACGAGAUGGUCGACGCCGCCAACUCGGCCAUCCUCAUCAGCACAAAGGGCGCCCCGCUGGAAGAGGGAGGCGGCCAGUCCCGCGUCCCGCUCCAGAUGGUGCGUUUUGCUACGAUGCGUUGGGCUCGCGACUUUAUGCUCCUGCGGCCUGAUCUCUUCUGGAGCACCGUCAAGCCGCGCCUCUUUGAUCUCAAGGAGCGCCCCGUUCCAGAUACGCACUGCUUCAUCGAGUGGUUCUAUAGCCCUGCGGGCCCAGAGAAAAAGGAGCUCCAACCCAGGCCGGUGCCGCCCAUGCCCAUCAACACUGAAGUCUCUCCCGAAAAAGACGACGGGGGAACUCCCAUACUACGGAAACUUUCGACCGAUGACCGCAUGCAGGACACUCUCAUCUCUCCGCCCAGUGUCAGCGCUCCAACCGCCAUCCGGUCCUCUCAAAUCAGCACUGUAAAACUCUCUUAUAAAGCGGUCCGCCUCGGCGAUGAUCCUGACGCUCUGCUCAAUGCUCGGACUUCUCGGCCCGCCCAUCGCCGCGGUCCACGACUCAAACAGCCGACCCAGGUGACGACCGCACGCUAGGACGUCGCUGGCCGCCAACAUGUCGCGCAGGGCCGGGGUGCGGCACGCCGCCAGCAGCAGACACAUGGCGCCGGCCAUGCUCAGGGCGCAGAUCCACGUGUCGACGAGGACCGUGUGGCCAAACCCGCGCAGGUUGAGCAUGUGCAAGAGACAAGCGUCGAGGCAGCGGGCCGUGGCGCCGGCGUCCAGCGACGGGUCGUCGGCGUGCGCGCCGCUGAGCAUCCACAUCAGAUAGGGCCGGUAGAUGACGCUGCGGCAGGUGAGGUAGCG